CCAGCCCGAGCUCUCAGAGGCAGAGCCGCGGAGUCGCGGCUGGACGCGCGCAGCCCGGCUCCGGCCCCCGGAGGAUGCGGCGCGCCCAGGAUGCUGCCGCGCCUGGUAGUGCCGCUGGCGGUGCUCCUCAGCCUGCGCCUCUGCUCCGGCGCGCACGGAACAGAACUUCCCAGCCCUCCAUCUGUGUGGUUUGAAGCAGAAUUUUUCUCCCAUAUCCUCCACUGGACUCCCAUCCCGAAUCAGUCAGAAAGCACCAACUAUGAAGUGGAGCUUCUGAGGUAUGGAAGAGACUCAUGGGAGUCCACCCCCAGCUGUAACCAGACCCUGGUGCUGUCCUGUGAUCUCACUAUUAUGACCCUGGACCUGUACCACGACAAUAGCUACAAAGCCAGGGUCCGGGCAAUGGCUGGAAACCGGUACUCCAACUGGACCAACACCAACACCCGCUUCUCCCUGGAUGAAGUGACUCUGAUGGUCAGCGUGAAGCUAGAGGUGGACAACGGCAUCAUCCUCGGGCGGAUCCAGCUCCCCAGGCCCAGGAUCGCCCCUACAGGCGACACUUACGAAAGCAUCUUCCAACACUUCCGAGAGUAUGAGAUUAAGUUGCGCAAGGUGCCAGGGAACUCUACGUUCAUAAAGCAGAAGAUAAACCAUGAAACCUUCAGCCUCUCACCUCCUGGAGAACUGGGAGAAUUCUGUGUCAAGGUGAAGCCAUCUGUGGCCUCCCGAGUGAACAGGGGGCUGUGGUCCAAGGAAGAGUGCAUUGUGCUUACCCCACGGUAUUUCACCGUGACCAACCUCAUCAUCUUCUUCGCCUUCGUCCUGCUGCUCUGCGGAGCCCUGGCCUACUGCCUGGCCCUCCAGCUGUACGUGCGACGCCAGAGGAAGCUGCCUACCGUCCUGGUCUUCGGGAAGCCCCAUCCGUUCAACCUGGUCCUCCAGCUCCCCUGCCCAGAGCCCCAGGACACCAUUCAUCCCCUUGACGAGGGGGCCUUCCCCAAAGUGUCCCCGGAGCUGAAGAACUCGGAACUGCACGGCAGCACGGACAGCGGCUUUGGCAGUGCGAAGUCAUCCCUGCAGAAUGAGGGGUCCCAGUUCCUCCUGCCGGUCCCCCACCCCCAGGCGGCGGGGACUGUGGGAAAGGGGGCGCCCCGGGAGCCGGAGAGCAGCCGCAGCGGGGGCAGCAGCAACAGCACAGACAGCGGGAUCUGCUUGCAGGAGCCCAGCCCGAGUCCUGGCACCGGACCCCACUGGGAGCAGCGGGUGAGAAAGGGCAGCCAGGGCCAGGACGACAGCGGCCUCGGUCUAGCCCAAAACUCAGAAGGGCAGCCUGGGGAUGUGCAGGGGGUCUCAGACUUGGGCCGUGUCAAUCCCCCAGGGCCUGAGGUGCCUGGGGAGGAAGACCCAGCCUCAGUGGCAUUCCGGGGCUACCUAAAGCAGACCAGAUGCACACAGGAGAGAGCAACCACAGCAGGCUGCCUGGAGGAAGAGCCUGCCUCGACAGAUGGCCUCGGCCCCAAGUUCAGGACAUGCCUGGAUGCUGAGGCUGGCUGGCCCCCGCUGGCCCUGGCCAAGGGCUAUUUGAAACAGGACCCAGGAACGACUCACCCUGCAUCAGGGACCCCAACCGGACAGUGGAGUCGGCCAACUGAGGAGUGGUCACUUCUGGGUUUGACCAGCUCCAGGGACCUAGGAGCAUCUGACUGCAACUUGGCCCAUGACCUGGCCCCUCUGGACUGCAUGGCAGCCCCAGGUGGUCUCCUGGACCGCUUUGACUCAAACCUGGUCACUCUGCCUCUGAUCUCCAGCCUGCACUCGAAUGAGUGAUUCAGGCUAAGGGGAUGCUUUUGAUGUCAGCCGUGCCCUUCCUGGACCAGGAGGAGGGGCCGCAGGGGUCAGAAGUGACUCAUGAGGCCAGUGUGAGCACUCUUCUGCAAGUUCCGGAGGUCCAGCCCUCGCCAGGCCCAGCAGGGCUCCCUGAGGUGCCCAGAGCAGAAAGAGGCUAUCUUGUUAUACUAUUGCAGGGUAUCCAGAUGGCACUGGCCGGUUAUGCAGACAGGGCCCCAGAGACUCUGGCAGGACCAGGAAGGGCAGGGCAGAGAUCUCCUCCCUUCUAGGGGCUCUUCCUAUACUGUAAAAGAUUCUUUGCUCGGGGGAAUCAUAGGGUUUUCUGGAAAUGUGGUGAGGCCAGCUAUUGUGGUGAGGGCACCAAGCUGAAGUCGGUUCAGACCCAGCCCUCCGUCUCAGGCUAACCAUGUGCCAGGGCCUCCAGCAGGAUGCAGGGCUGGGAGGGUGGGGGCUUCAGAGCCUCCCUGCAAGGUCAUUUCUAGGAGGAAACAGGAGGACCCGGAGAUCAGGUGUGGUCUCUAGGAUGGUCACACGGAGAAUCUUCCAGACUGGCAGUCCUCCCAGGCAGGGAGCUUGUCACAGAAGAUCUUCAGAUGAAUCUGCCCUGGUCAGCCAGUCUACCAACCACCAUUAUGGAGCCACAAGGGGACGAAACCCCCGUGUCCAAGCCACUCACUACCCCUCCCUGUGGCCUCCACCAUCUUGCUGACAGCACUGGAGAAGCCGUGGCUAUUUGUACCGGUCACUGGUCAAAACUCAGCCCUCCAGGUUGUCUGUGGACUUGGGCACCAGCUCGCCUGCCCCAGAGGGUCCGGGUUGGGACCUGCACUUGGGUUUACUGCUAACAUCCAGCUCCAGACCCACAGGACAUGUCACUGCUCUCUCAGGGUUCAGCUGUGUGCGCUGGGGCCAGCCACAGUUGGAAUAAGGACUCAGUCUCCAGGGUGGCCCCUCCCCGCUGGACGUUAACCAAGCUGGCCUCGGGGCUGACUCCGGCCCGGUGUGAGCCUGGGCUGGGAAGAAGCAGACCGUAGAACCCACGUCUGCAGAGAACCAGCUUCCUUCUCAUGCUGAGGACUAACAGAUUUAGCAAAAGUCCACGGUGUCACGCUGAGAGAACCAUCAGACCCUGGGCCCAGAAAGGGGGCAGCUGUGGGCCCUGCUUCCCCACACUCGGGGUUAAGAUUCUGUCUUCAAAGCCAGUUUACAGUCUAUGGGCAAGGAAGCUGCGAGGUGUGACAGGCCUGACAGCCACCCCCUGAAGAGUCACCACUCGGCCCUACAUCUUUCUGUGGCAUUCCAAGAAUAGACACAGCAGCUCAGAGAAUCCAGCCAGAACCACCCCUGCUCCCCAACCACACUCUACCAAGAGGUUCUCAGGUAUCUGAUGACUCCCUCUGCACACUGAAGCUUGAGGAGUUCCUCAGGGUUCCCUCGGAAGGUUUAUUUAUUUAUCUUGUUCCCUUAUUUAUUGAAGAGAGAGCACCAUACCAUGAAAGAAUUCUGGGUAUUUCAAGAACCCGGUUCUGACCCCCCUGGUUCCAGUUCUGACCCCACUGUGCAUAGCAUUUCCUCAUCUGUAAACUGAAGAGCCUCGGUGUCCUCAUCUGCAAAUCUAGAAAACCAUGCCUGACGCGUUUCAUUCACAGGGACGUGAGUUUCCACCGACGGGGUGGGUGUGAACGGGUCUUAAAAGAAAAGCUCUGUACGUCAGUGGUGUAUGUUUUUUUAUUUCAAUAAAUUGUCAGGACCACA